AUGGAGCAAUGGGAUGGUGGGGACGCUAGCAUAAGCUCACGGAGUCCAACAACAGUGGACGGUGUGCCUCACAAAUAUGCGCUCGGAACUCUCAAAAGCGCAGAGAUCAUUCGCCUGAUAGAGAAAUAUCAAGAUAUAGCGGGUAUGAUGUAUCCGGUGAUAGAUACAACGCAUCCGGAGCAAUUAGUCGAAAACGUGUGGGCCAGCUGUUCCGCUGAUAAGGCGAACACGGAGACCCUUCCUCAGUGGAAAAGAAGCCAGAAAGGCAUAGUCGAGAUGAUGGUCGCUAUUGCUCUGACGGACGAAAACGAGGCUGGCUCAGGACUAUCGCAGGCCCUUCAUGAUGGCGUGUUACCAGACGUUCAGUAUAUGGUCUGGAAUACGAGAGUUGAUUUGCAAGGCUUAGUACUUUUGGCACUCGUGAGUCUAUACUACUAUUAUUCCAAUCAGUGGCGUGUAGCCUGGCGUUUCAUAAGGAACGUCGCAAGAAUUAUCCUGGAACUGGGAUUGAAUAGACGGAUUGUUCUGGAUCGGUCCUUUCCCGAUAAAAAGGCACAUACUCAGGCACUUAAUACAAUCUGGGCCGUCUUUGUGCUUGAACAGCAGCUGAGAUACGCGUUGGGGCUCUCUACAACUAUGCAAGACUUUGUUCUGGACCCGACUCUUCCGAAACCGGUCAACGCUCCGUACUUGGAAGCAAUGAUUCGCUACUCUCGGAUUGGUGCACAAGCAUGCGAAACAAUAUCCUGUGAUGGACCAACUACUCAAAUGAUGAUGCCCCAAAACUGCCAAGAUGCGUACACAUAUUUCCAGUAUCGCCUUGGCGAAUGGCGGAAAGCGAUCAAGACCCAAUUCCAGUUCAAGUCCACAAGCAAGAGGGUAGAUCAGUGGAACAGCCAACUUGACGCAAUCCUUCAACUAAGGGCAAAUAAUUUGCACAUUGUAGUGGCGAGAUUUAUCUUCUUUGAGAAAGGAUUUAGCGGCAUGAUCCCAGCCGACCUGUGGCUCAUAUGCAUGGAUGUGGCUGCUGAUACCGCCUGCAUUUUGGCUACCAUUGAUGGCUCUCCUGCGACUUUCCAGGCUACCAGAUCCGAAUCAAACUAUUUUCUUGUCUCUUCAAUGGGCAUCGCGUUUCUUGCUAUGUUACAAGGGUCUCUAUUCUCGAUGUCGGCACAGAGCCCACUGAACCCGGAAGCGUGCCUGAGGGCUCAGCAAAGCGCGAUUCUUUGCCUCAAUUUGCUGCGAAAUCGAGCGGAGUUAUCACAGCAAUCAAAGCAUUUGUGGAACCGUGUCAACGAUCUUGCAUCCCGCUUGAAUCUCCUAGGUUUCUUGGCCCCCAUAGCUUCUAGUAACACUGAGGAGGACCCAGUUACGACGGAAACAAUGAGCGUUAACGAAAUAUCUGAAAGACACACAAAGCAUUGGAGAGAGUACGGAAUGGCUAGCUUGUCACCAGGUAUUGUAGAACUUGGGUUUCCUGACAGUGAGAAUAGCGCUGAGGGGCCGAUCAUAGCUACAGUUCAAGAUACGAAUACUAUUGGUUAA